AUCAAAUUCAUCUACUAAAGAUACCACUAUGAAAUUCAUUUCCAUCACCAUAUUUACCAUCACCAUGGCUGUUGCCGCUGUACACGCCGCUGCCAGUGGUGCCGAACUUCACCGCGAAAGACGUAUCAUGAUGAAAAAGCGUCAAGUAGUAGCACCUGCUGCUGCAGUCCCAAAAACUCAAGAACAAAUUAAUAGUGAGCAAUUGGGUAGUGUGCUUAGUGAAUUUAAUCGAAUGGUUCAGGCUCAGGAGGCUGCCAAGGCUCAACAAGCCGCUUUAGCUGCCCAGGCCGCCCAAGCUGCUGCUGCGCCUCAAGUCUUACCCGCAUUUGCUGCUCCUCUCCCUCCUUCUGUAGCACCUGCUGGUGCACCAGUAGCUCCUGCUUCGGUUCCUCCUGCUAUUCAAGCUUUGAUUGACAAUGGAUGUGGCUCUUCACCUGGUAGCACCGCUUGUGGUGGCGCUGUUUCCCCUGUAGGAGCUGUUCCUGGUGGCGUUGCUAUUCCAGCUACUGUAGCUGCUCCAGCUCCUGUGGCUGCUGCUCCUGCUGCUGCACCAGUAGCCGCUGCUCCCGCUGUCACUAAAAAAGCCGUCAAGGAAGAGGAAGACGCUGAAGAAGUUGAAAAGAAGGAAGAAGAAGAAAAAGACCAAGAAGAAGAAAAGGACAAGGGUGAAGAAGAAGAAAAAGACAAGGGUGAAGAAGAAGAGAAGGACAAGAGCGAAGAAGAAAAGGAUGAACCUGAGGAUGAAGUCGCUGAUGCUCCUCCUCCUGCAGAUGAUACCGAAGCUGAAGGAGCAGGCGAGGGAGGAGAAGAAGCUUAG